AUGUCAACCCAAGAUGUUACCGAGUCUAAUUGUGUGGAUGAUGUUGAUUUUGUUCCUUCAACAAAUAUACAAGAAGUGCAAUCUCUUGAUAAUAGAAGUGAUGUGAAUGAGAGUAGAGGUAUAAAACGAAAGAAAACAUCUCCUGCAUGGGAUCAUUUUACAUUGCAAAAGAUUGAUGGUAAACUAAAAGCAGUUUGCAAUCACUGUGGGAGGAAAUUAGUGGGAGAGAGUAGUAAGGGGACUAAACACUUACUUCUUCACAUGGAAAGAUGUCCAGUAAGACAGAAACAACUUGCCAAGAAUCCUACCGCAAGCCCCUCAGUUACCUUCAAUCUUGAUCCUGAACUAGGAAGAAAAAAGUUGGCUGAAAUGAUCAUUCUACAUGAGUACCCUUUGUCGAUGGUAGAGCAUAGUGGUUUUAUAGACUAUUCGAAUACUAUUUCACCUAUGUUUCAAAUGGUGUCAAGGAAUACAAUUAGGUCUGACAUUUUGAAAAUAUAUAAGAUUGAGAAAGAAAAAUUUCGAGAAGUUUUGGAGAAAAAUAAAAGUAGAAUAGCCUUAACCACUGAUAUGUGGACGGCCAAUCAUCAAAAGAGGGGAUAUAUGGCUGUGACAGCUCACUUUAUUGAUGACUCUUGGAAGUUGCAUAGUCAGAUUAUAAGCUUUAGAUAUGUGCCAUGCCCACAUGAUGCUCCAACACUUACAGAAACUCUAAGUUCUUGCAUGUCUGAAUGGAAUAUUGAACAAAAGAUUAGUACAGUGACUGUAGAUAAUUGUACUACGAACGAUGCAAUGAUUCCACUUUUGAAGGAACAAUUUGAUUCUAAGUGUUUCCUUUUAAAUGGAAAGCUACUUCAUAUGCGUUUUUGUGCACAUAUUUUGAAUCUAAUUGUUAGGGAUGGCUUGUCUGUUAUUGGCGACAGCAUUGACAAGAUUCGAGAUAGUGUUGCUUAUUGGUUGGGCACACCAAAGAAGUAUGAAAAAUUUGAGGACACUGCUCGUCUUCUCGGAGUGACAUGUACUAAGAAACUGUCACUUGAUUGUGUGACAUGGUUGAAUUCAACGUACUUGAUGCUCAAAACAGCUUUAUUGUACAAGAAAGUGUUUGAACGAUCAGAGCUACGUGAUCCUAAGUAUAAAUGUCUACCAUCAGAUAAUGAUUGGAUUAGAGCUCAGAAAUUAUGUGACAAGUUGGAAGUAUUUUAUGAGGUGACAGUUAUUUUCUGGAACUAA